GGAGCAGGAAAAGGAGGAGUUUAAGUUGCGGAAGCGUUCCUCCUCCGUCACAUCAUGAGAAAUGUGACUUUUUUAAAAAUUGAAAGUAUAGUCCACAUCGCACUCAGUUUGAAGCGGCCACGUUGUUGUUUUUGUUGUGGUUGUUGUGUCGUGGAACUCGCUUGAUUGCAAAUGAUGUCGGACUCCAUCAAAAACGUCGCGAUAUUUGGAGCCACGGGAAUGACCGGGCUGGCAACCCUCCCACUGGCGGUGGCUGCAGGGUACAACGUGACGGUGCUGGUGCGGGACCCCGCCAGGCUGCCUGCCGACCACAAGGCCGCCAGAGUGGUGGUGGGAGAUGUGCUCAACAAAGAGGACGUGAAGAAGACCAUGGAGGGCCAGGACGCUGUUGUCAUCAUCCUGGGCACCAGGAACAACCUGAGCCCGACCACCAUGAUGUCCGAAGGCACCAAGAACAUCCUUGAAGCCAUGAAGGCUUGCGGGAUCGGCAAAGUGGUCGGCUGCAUGUCGGCCUUUCUGCUGUGGGAUCGCUCCAAAGUCCCGCCCCGUAUGCUCCCCGUGACAGAGGACCAUGACAGGAUGUACGCAGGGCUGCAGUCAUCGGGGCUGGACUACGUGGCCGUCAUGCCUCCUCACAUUGGUGACAACCUCCCUCUGACUGAGAGCUACGAGGCGGCGGAGGACAUGCUAAAAGGAAGAGCCAUCUCUAAACACGACCUGGGACACUUCUUUGUCAAGUGUCUGUCCACCUCCAAGUGGGACGGCAAGACCGUCGGAGUGUGGGGAGAGUACAAAUGAUCCAGCAGAACCGUACCGGAAAGGAAGAGAAAAUCCAUGUUCAUGCAGAGAAUUCUGGAGAUAAAUGAAGAAGUGAUACAUUUGCAGAUACAAAUUACCAGCGUGUUUUGAUAAACUGCGAAUGCUUCCCUGUAUUUACAGACAGAUUUUAUCGUUAGCUUUGGCUGUAGCUCUUAACAUUGCUUCACAGCUUUUCUGUCACCGCUCUUAUGUACAGUGGGCCCCUCCCACUUUUUUAUUGUAGCUGUUGAAAAUAAAAGAUUUUAUUUUGCUGAAA